AUGUCGCCACCUCAAUUCGUGAUCCCCUUGGUGAUUGUUUUUGUGGAGAGUCUGACGGGCUUCACUUUAAACACGUGUCUUUUGGUUACUAAUUUCAAAGACUGGAGGAGAGGCCGCUGCCUGCAGCUCUGUGAUUUACUCCAUAUGGCCCUGGGGCUAGUGAACUUACUUCUGCAGGCCGCCGUUUCUGCGCACACAACGCUCUGCAUUGUUUACCUCCCGAUAUUAUACAUUAAGGAGGUGUAUAUGAUGUUCUGUGUUGUUCUGCCAUUCCUGGCCUACUCCAGCUUCUGGCUUAAUGCCUGGCUCUGCGUGUAUUACGUCACCACCAUUACCAGUAGCCAGAACAGCUUCUUUGUUUGGCUGAAGAGUCGCAUCUCAACAAUGAUGUCAAAACUCGUGUUGGUGUCAGCGGUGGGAUCGUUUUCUGUAAGUCUUCUCUCCAUCUGGAAUGUGAGUGACCCUCGUAAAACGAAUGGAAGUAUGACAUCCAACUCCUCUGGUAACAUUUUGUAUUUAAGUUUUCCCUACCAGAUGGCAGCGGCCUCUCUGGGAUGCUUCCUGCCCUUCGUCCUUUCCAUCCUCUGUAUUGGACAUAUACUGACCUUUUUAGCGAGACAUGUCUGGAGAGUAAAACACGACGGCUCUGGUUUCAGUCGCUCCGGUCUCCGGGCUCACGUCCGGGCAGUAAGGACGAUGAUCCUGCUUGUUCUAUUGUUUGUAUCUUUUUACUUAAGCCAGGUUUUCAGUUUCUUGGCCAUGCAGUCAAAUUUCUUUUUUUUGGGAUUAUUUUUCAUUUUAUUUUUUCCAUCUGGGGAGGCUUUGAUCAUAAUACAGGCAAACUCCAAGCUGAGGAAGGCAUUUGUUGAAAUGUUUUCUUUUGGAAAAUGAUGAAUCCAUGUGACAAAUGAGAUUACAUUUUGAUUCCAGGAUCAGUAGGUCU